AUGGAUUAUAUACACUCCCUCCUCUCUUGUCCAGUCUUGGGGAUCAGCUGCGGCGCCAUUCUCAUCUUCCUUGGAAUUGUCGUCCACGAUGUGUACUUGUGGACGUGCCUUCCUCCUGGUCCUUGCCCCAUUCCACUGGUUGGCAACAAGCUUCAAAUCCCGUCGAAGCACCCCUGGAUCAAGUUCCAGGAGUGGUCGAGGAUAUAUGGCCCAAUAUAUACUAUAUGGCUAGGUCGCCGGCCAACAGUGGUCAUAUCUGACCCGUCAAUUGCCUCGGAGCUGCUCGAAAAACGGUCUAAAAAAUACAGCACCCGCCCACGGUUUGUCACCAUGGGUGAGAUAUACUGGGAUAUGGCCAGCAUUCUUGUUCAACCUUAUGGCAAAGAAUGGCUCAUUCGCCGCCGGCUCUUGCAUUCUGCCCUGACGCCUCGGGCCCUAGAACACUACAAAGUACUGCAGCAGGCCGAGUCAAGUCGGCUAUGCUAUCAGCUACUAGAAGGUGCAGCCGAAUGGGAAUCGCUAUUUGACCGGCUCGCGUCGUCGAUCGUGUUCGCCGUCUCGUAUGGUCACCGUGUCGAUAGCGCUAAGUCACCCGUGAUCAGACAGCGACUUGAAUUCAUGCAAUAUGCGUCCAGUUUAAAUGUUCCAGGAGCAUACCUGGUGGAAUCCUUUCCCAUGCUGAAGUAUCUACCCGAUUGGAUUGCCCCAUGGAAGGCGGAAAUUAAACGCCGUGGUUGUCUUGAGGCUGAGGCCAAUAUGGCACUUGUUCGUGUGGUGCGACAGGAUAUAGAGUCCGCGAAGCAGUCCCCGGGAGCAGAGCCUCUUUUUAAUAGUUUGACCAAGCAGCUCCUCGAGACCAGAGACUCAGAUCCCACGGUAUUUCCGUUGACUGAGCGGGAUUUUAGCUACAUUCCUGCUUCACUUUUCGGUGCUGGAUCCGACACCACAUCUUCCACUUUAUGCUCAGCCAUGCUGGCGAUCAUCACCAACCAAGCAGUGUUGGAGAUGGCACAGGCUGAGUUAGACUCUGUGGUGGGCCCUGGUCGAUUCCCUACAUUCGAGGAUAUACCCAAGCUACCGUAUCUACGCGCACUUUGCAAAGAGGUUCUGCGCUGGCGCCCUGUAGCUAUAUUGGGUGGAACACCGCAUGCUUGUUCUGAAGAUGAUUAUUAUCGCGGGUACUACAUUCCUCAAGGAACGAUCAUGUUGGGAAAUUCGUGGGCAAUUAAUAUGAAUCCUACGUAUUAUCCUAACCCGGAUCAGUUCAACCCUUUACGGUUUUUAGACAUCGACCCGCAUCUGCUACCUUAUCUUCCGAAAGAAUACAUAUCAUCGGUUAAACAAGAAAAGGGAUCUGCGCAUCCAAGCAAAAUCGGUCAUAGUUCAUUCGGCUGGGGUCGUCGUAUUUGCCCAGGCGCAGAUCUUGCGACCAAUACUCUACUCAUCACGCUCAGUCGGCUACUGUGGUGCUUCGAUAUUCGGCCCAUCCCUGGGCACGUCUAUGACACGCUAGAUUACACGAAUGGCUUCAACGUCAGACCGCGGGAUCUGCAGCUGGGCCUGCAAAUUCGAUCCGAUCAGCAUCGUCACGUCUUGCAAAGGGAAUACGAAGUUGCGACCGCGUUUCUUAAAAUGCUUUCGCCCUUUGACGAAAGUAUGUUGCAAGGCACCGGUCGACAGGUUUAA